CAAAUUCUAGUGGGAGUGACAACCAAGCGAAGCAACCACCGUAAUCUUCACACACCUGACCUCCCACAUUUGGAGCCCUUCAAAAGCAAUACUCUCUCUCAUCUUUAUAAAACCAUGUGAAUUGACUCUCCAACCACUGCUCACUGUCGGCCUCCUCAAAUUAUGGAUUCCACUACUCCGCUCGGUUAUGCUCUGUUUCAAUUGACACCGACACGAACAAGAUGUGAUCUCGUGAUAUUUGCUGGGAAUAAGAGUGAGAAAAUAGCAUCAGGGUUGUUGGAGCCAUUUCUCUGCCAUUUGAAAUCGGCUAAGGAUCAAAUUUCCAAAGGCGGAUAUUCGAUUAUGCUUAAGCCCAUUUCCGCAGAUGCUUCUCCAUGGUUCACUAAGACCAUUCUCGAAAGGUUUGUGAAGUUUGUUAGCACACCAGAGGUUCUUGAGAGAGUUGUGACUAUUGAGAGAGAGAUAAAUCAGAUUGAAAGAUCAAAUGAGCAAGUAAAUGGACCACCAGGCACUCCUACGACUGAUGGAGACUUCAGAUUUUCAGUUACCCCAUUUAAGUCCAAAUCUGAAACCAACGGUGAUGAUGAUGGUGGAGAAGAAAAUCCAAAGGUUCGUCUUCAACGUGUUCUGGAAUCUCGGAAGGCAAUGCUCAAGAAAGAGCAAGCAAUGGCUUAUGCACGUGCUUUAGUGGCAGGGUUUGAGAUGGAUUAUAUAUAUGAUCUUGUCUCUUUCAGUGAUGCUUUUGGAGCUCUCCGUUUAAGGGAAGCGUGCAUAAACUUCAUGGAGCUCUGCAAUAAGAAGAACAGUGAUAAGAUUUGGUUAGAUGAAGUUGCAGCAAUGCAAGCAUCGUAUUUGGGAAUGUCUGGAGCUGUAUACACUGGUGAAAGUAAUGAUUUAUAUCCUACUGGGCCAGCUAAGAGUUCAGCAUCCGAUAGUGGCGAAGGCACAGAGAAUGGUUUGCCGACAGAGUUUCAUCUGCCACAGGAAGAAAGGACAGCUCAAUCCCCGACUUGGCAAAACAAUCAUCCUCAAUACAUGCAGAAUCCGAUGUUUCAACGGCCCCGACCAUAUCCGGGGUAUAUCUUUCCUGGGAUGCAGGUCCCUCCAUCACACUAUCCCAGCAAUGUUUCGUCGUGGCCUGUCAAUUUCCAUGAUUCAGGCAUGUAUCUUGAUAGGGACAUCAAAGAUAACAAGGGAUACAGGUCCUUUAAUAAGAAAAAGGAAAAGAAUGUCAACGGGGCUCGAAGGCACAGUACAAAAAGUGAAGGUGAAGAAAUUGAUCAAUCAAGUUCUGGAAGUGAUUCGAGCGACGAGAAAGACCAUGAAGCAACUCUUUCUCCAAACGAACGGAUUUAUAACAAGAAGCAUAGGAGAAAAUCUUCAAGAAAAGUCGUUAUUCGUAACAUAAAUUACAUUGCUUCUGCCACGAAAGAAGAAAGUUGCAUUGAUUCAGAUAGCUCUUCUUCUGAUGAAGAUGAAUACGUUGAUGCAGACUCCAUUAAACAGCAGGUAGAGGCAGCUGUUGGGUCAUUGAAGAAACAGCAUAAGCCACCCUCCAAAAAGAAUAAGGCCCGAGAUGAUAGCAAGAAAGCCAGCAGUAACCGGAUAAGUCAUUCUGAAGAAGAAAGUAAAGGGGGGAAUUGGGAUAUUUUUCAAAACCUCCUCAUGAAGGAUCCAGACCCGAGUAACAACGCAAAAGGUCCGAGGGAUAUUCAUCUUCAAGAAGAGCACUCAAUUGGCAAGGGAAGUUCAGAUGAGAAGCUAAACAAGCCAACACAUGCAAGUGAUGAUUUUCUUCUGACUGAAAUAUCAAACAGAAACGGAGUUCAAGGAUCCGAUGUUAAUUUCAAAGGUGGGGAGAUUUUCCAUGGAGCUACGAAGAGGAGUAAAGAUGAUGAUUUGUUAAUGCCAUCAAGAGAAGGAGGAUACGUCUCCCAAACUUCUCAUUUUUUCACUGAAUUGUCCAUCAUUAAGACCUCGAAAGAGGAAGACUGGAUUAUAGGUGGCAAAAGACAGAUAUCUUCACAUCCACGUGGGAGUAUAGAUCAUAGUAGUUUUUGCUCCACCACCCCUUUUCAAGAUGGAGAAAAUAAACGAGAAGUCAUUUCAGAUGAUUCUUUCAUUGUUCCGUCACGAACAUUGGAUGGCCCACUGCAACGUCAGCCAAAGGAUGACACUUUCAUGGUACCAGACAUUGCCGGGUCUAAUCAAUCCGUGAAUAGCACGCAUGGUAAAGUUGAAGCUGGAAGUUUCUCUGAACCUGAAGACUUCUCAAUGAUGUUUGGACAAAAUUCUGCUUCUCAGCAAGUUAUGAAUUAUAGGUCUCCGAAUAUGGGUUAUGGGGAUAAUAUUUCACUGUAUGAAACAGGUGGGAUUCAGUCUAAAACUGAACCAAGCGUUAGCAUUGAUGUUACACCACUGCAAAAUGAUAAAUCGAGCAAUUCCAAGAAUGGGAAGGAGCUGGGAAGGAAAGUGGCUGGAAAGGAACCAAAGUCUAAAGCUUUAAAGGGGUCACUGUCAAGGAGCAAAUCCGACAUUCCACUGAGGAGUAAGAUAUCAACAGCAGGAAGCACAAGAGGCAAAUCUGAUAAGGAAGAAGAGAAGAGGAAGAAAAUGGAAGAAUUAUUGAUUCAGCGUCAAAAGAGAAUUGCUGAAAGAAGUGCUGCUAAGGGUAUUACCCGUGAAAUUCCAAAGAGGCAUCCAAUAGAGAGUAAGAAGAGUAAUGAGAAGACCGCAACAGCUGAGAGUAAAACAUCAUGUAAACCAGUUAUGAAGAGUUCCACCAUCGAUCGCUUAUCUACUGCUCGUACAACAAGCAAGCACUCGUCUACUGAAUCUAGAGUUGGUCAAAACCAAAAACCAACAUCUAAGGCGAAGCCCACAAUGGCGCCUUCCCUACUGAAAAAGACGAAGGCAACUCAGGAGCGACGGGACAAGAUCAAUGCUUCAGACAAGAAAACUGGUUCAAAUCAUUCAAGGAGUACUUCCACUGUUCAGGUAAAGGCUAGCGCAGGUGCCACUCCCAUGAUCGCGGAUGAAUCUAGAAGAGCUGAAGGGACUCAAGCUGAAAGGAAGGAUAGCAAUGAGGAUUCUGGGAGGGAUACCUUGUUACAUACUAUGACUUCAGUUGAGAAGAGAGAAUUGGCUACACUUUUCACUACAGAUGCUUCAGAAGAGAAAAACUCCAUUCAGAUCUUACCUAGCAAAGACAGGCCACUCCCUUUAAAACCUUCAUCAAUGCUAAAGGAACAGCAACUUAAUGUUGAUGAUGUUCGUGUUGGGCUUGCACCUGAGAUCGCAGUUCAUCCUACAGCGGAAAAUCAUUUGAAGUCUGCUCUAUCGAACAGUAAUGAGAAAGGUACAGAGAAGAAAAAGCUCUCCUUCUCUCCCGAAAUCUCAGUGAUGAAUAUUAUCUCAACUCCACCUUCUGAUAGCGAAGCAAGUCCAGAACUAAACCAUUCCAGAAAAAAAUGGAAUAAUGGUGAAAGCUCUCCGAAAAUCCCUAAGGGCUUCAGGAAGCUCAUCUUCUUUGGUAAAAGAAGUUGAUUCUUGAAUGAAUUUUACCCGAGAAGCCUCUACAUAAUGCGCCAUUCAGAUUCACGAGGUGCAUCGUAUGGUGUCAAGCGAUGAAGGAUGGGUUAAUUUAUCGUGAAGCAAACAAUAAACCAUUCAGCAUGGUUUUGUAUAGAGAUCUCAUUCCAACCAUUUCCGGAGGCAAGAGUUCUCUUGUUGUUUCCCUUGUGUAUCGAUGAUUUUGUUUCCUGAGUGUACUUGUUUGUUGUUUGAUGGUUUCCUUUGUAACUGUGAUGAUGUAAGGUCAUGUGUUAUGGUUGUAAUGCAUAUUUUCCCUCCAUUGGUAAUGUAUCUAAAUUUAUCAAA